AUGGCCUCCCCACGCCGGUUGACUUGGCCUAAUGGCCUCCCGUCAGGCCUUUUUGGCACCACAUAUCACGUAGGCCCCACCUUGGGAAGCAAGAUCCAUGCAAGUAAACUGAGGCAAGAGCAGGUCAGUGCUUAUAGACAGUAUGAGAGGGAGAAGGUUGACAAACACUUGGAUGAGUACAUUCACCAGUGCUCAAAAAUGAAGGUCAAAUGUGAGAAACUUGUGAUUGAAAAUGACAAUGUUGCUAAAGGGAUUGCAGAGAUUGUUUCACUGCAUGGUGUGAGCAAACUCAUCAUGGGAGCAGCUGCUGACAAGCACUUCUCUAGGAAAAUGAAAAUGCCUAAAUCCAAAACAGCGCUUGCUGUCCUGCAGAAAGCUGAUACUUCGUGCAAGAUUUGGUUUGUUUGUAAGGAACAUCUGAUAUGCACUAGGGAGGCUGGUGCUCUUGUGCACAGUGCAGCAACACCCCCAGCUACCACAAGUUCAAUAUCCACUUUAUCUGAGUGGGGUGGACAACCAAACGGAUAUGCAUGCAAUGCGGUUGAUGGUCACAUACAGAGGUCGAUGUCAGAAAAGGUUGUGCCUGCAUCUGUUAGAACAUCAUUGCGACUACCUUCUCGGUUGUCUGUGUGGACAAGUCUUAGCAGGCGAAGCAUAGAGGAUACCUCUGUCAGUUCCUGGGAUAGUGUUCCAAGAGAAGCCUCCACUAAGACUGAGAAGCAUCAGAAGCAAGCGUUUGAUGAGUCUGUGAGGAGAGAAAAAGCAGAGGAAGAACCGGUUUUGUUUCGCCGAAAGGCAAACAAUUGUGAGGAUAUAUCUUUGGAUGAGGCAAAGAAGAGGAAAGAAGUCAAGGAAGCCCUAGCGAAGGCAAAUGGCAUCAUAGAACGGAUGAAGCAAGAAAUGGAUGCACUUAAACAUGACAGAGAUGACAUCAUUGAUAAGCUUGUUAAGGUGAGCGAACAGAAGGAAACAUUAGAGCAACAAGUCGAUGACUAUGGUGGCAUUGUCAAGGAUCUUGAGGAUACGUUGGCAGCAAGUAAAUCCCUUAUUCAUUCACAGAAGUUGGAGUAUGAGAAAUUGAAGCAUGAAAGGGAAAAUGCGCUCAAGGAUGCAGAUGAGCUGCGCAAAGAGAAAGAGAAGACAGUAUCAUCUUGCCCAAGUUUGACAUGGAACACCGAAUUCUCUUUGUCAGAGCUGCAGCUGGCAACACAGAAUUUCAGUGACACACUGAAGGUUGGUGAAGGUGGAUUUGGGCGUGUCUAUAGAGGUCUCCUGCGCAACACAACCGUGGCAAUUAAGAUGCUGCGCUCUCAUAACUUGCAAGGGCAGUCGCAGUUUCGGCAAGAGGUUGUUGUUCUUAGUAGGGUGCGGCAUCCAAACCUUGUAACGCUUAUGGGUUCUUGCUCAGAAGCUUCAGGUCUUGUGUAUGAGUUCCUACCAAAUGGAAGCCUUGAAGACCGUCUAGCCUGUGAAAACAACACACUUCCACUAACAUGGCAAGUCCGUACGAGGAUCAUUGGUGAGAUAUGUUCUGCACUCGUCUUCCUUCACUCUAACAAGCCUCACCCAGUAAUCCAUGGUGAUCUGAAGCCUGCUAACAUCCUCCUUGAUGCCAAUUUGGUCAGCAAGCUCAGUGAUUUUGGCAUCUCUUGCCUCCUAGUUAAGUCUAGCACAAUGUCCACAAGCCUCUACCAAACGAUGAACCCAAGAGGCACUUUUGCCUACAUGGACCCUGAAUUCCUUACCACCGGGGAGCUAACAGCACGGUCUGACAUAUACUCUUUGGGCAUUGUCAUACUCCAACUAGUAACUGGGAAGCCAGCUUUAGGCAUUGGAAGGGCAGUGGAGGAUGCACUUGAGAAAUAUGAGUUGGAGCUUCUUGUUGACCAAUCAGCUGGGGAGUGGCCAUUUGUGCAAGCCAAGAAGCUGAUGCUUCUGGGUCUGCAGUGUGCAGAGCUUAGCAGAAGAAGGCGACCGAGUCGUAUGAGUGACGUGUGGUGUGUGAUUGAGCCCCUGGUGAAAUCAGCUUUGCUGUCAACCACAUCACGGUCCUUUGGAUACCAGUUUGUUGAGAGCCACACGCCUUCUUGCUUCGUAAGUCCUAUUUCUCAGGUAUUUUUUAUGUCCAUUUAUUGUGCUACAGAACCUUAUUUAUGCAGUUUGUUAGAACCGGAACUUCAGAAGAGCAAGGUAUUACAUAAUUUAUUUACAAAACUCCAAGACAAUUAA